AUGAAGGAGAAGACCCAAGAGAAACCUUCGGACUCACUGGAGUCCAACCGAAGUUCAAGUCAUUUUGGGAAGUCGUGUUCGGUGUUUAUGAAGGGAGAUUGUCCUCUCAACUCAACAUCCCACACUAGGAGAGUGGCAUUUGAAUAUUUCUACUCUCUGAAGCUGGGGGAGAGGGGAAGAAGCCACUCCAAAUUUGGUGGGAGCCUACAGGAAGAGUCCCCUUCCACACUGGUCAUCUUUGGGAUCCAGGCCCUGCAGAUCCUGAUUGGCCUGGUCCACAUCGGCCUCGGUUCCAUCCUGGGGACCGUUCUCUUCACUGACUAUGUGUCUGUCUUGUUCUUUGGAGGCUUUCCCUUCUGGGGAGGCAUCUGGUUUGUCAUUUCAGGAUCUCUCACGGUGGCAGCCGAAAGUCAGCCAAGUUCUUCUUGCCUAUUGGGUGCCAGCGUGGGUUUGAACAUCAUCAGUGCACUCUGUUCCACAGUUGGCGUCAUACUCUUCAUCACAGAUCUAAGUAUCGCCAGCACAGCACAUCCCAUGACUAUUUUCCUUAGAACACCUGGAGUGUGGUGAGUCCCGGGCAUGGCGACUUCUGGCGUGUUGCUCGUCUUCUGCCUCCUGGAGUUCUGCGUUGCUUGCGUGUCUUCCCACUUCGGCUGCCAGCUCGUCUGCUGUCAGCCCAGCAGCGUGAGUGUGGUCUACCCGACCAUCUAUGCAACCAUCCCAGAACCAGUGAACUUACCGCCAAGUUAUUCCAGUGAGGCCCAGGGCUCCAGAUAA